AAAGGGUGCUGUCACUUUAAAUGAGCGUGAGCAGAGCAGCAAAAAGAGACUCGUUUUGGCAGGAACCCAGCUCACACAUAACAGAAAAAACAACUCUGUGCUUUCGCUCUCAGCAAACUCUGAUCUCUCAACUCUCCCCAUUGUCUCUAGUCCAACCCCCACCUCUUAAUGUAAACGAGAUCUAGCUACAGACUCGACUGAAGUGAACUAUAGGCUACUAUAGGCUUAUUAAAUUAUACUAUACUAAAUUACAUUCCUGAAGAUCAUCACAUCAAAAACGUGUCUACAACAUUUGUAAUGACGUUACAGCAUCUCGCAGAUAACUUUCACUUACUACUAAAACAGAGGAACAGCUCUUUUGCUAAAUCAGUGAUCAUCUUUUAGCAAACAUUGAAAAUGAAGCAAGUCUUUAUUUCUCUCUUCUUCUUGUUGUGCGUUCUUGUGCAUGGUUUUUCCGCUGUUGGGGCAGAUAGAGUGUCAGUGUCAGUGAUGGAAGGAGAUUCAGUCACUCUGUACACUGAUGUCGAAACCAUCCACAAAGAAGAGAUUAGAUGGUAUUUUGAUGAUGUUCGCAUUGCUGAAAUCAGUGGAGAUCUCAGUAAGACCUGCACAGAUGUUCAGUGUGAAGCUGGUAAUGAGAGAUUCAGAGACAGACUGAAGCUGGAUCAUCAGACUGGAUCUCUGACCAUCAUGAACAUCACAACCACAGACUCUGGACUCUUUAAACUACAGAUCAACAGCAGCAGUGACAGUCUUCGUCAACUCUACAAUGUUUCUGUCUAUUAUGUUCCUGAACGAGAGAAAAUAAAGAGAGUGAAGGAGGGAGAAUCUGUAAUUUUAGAUCCUGGUGUAGUAAAAAACCCAAAUUAUUUGAUGAAAUGGCUUUUUAAUGGAAUUCGUGUCGCUGAAAUCAAUGGAGAUCUCAGUUUUAUCUGUACAGAUGUUCAGUGUUUAUAUGCUGACGGGAGAUUCAGAGACAGAUUGAAACUGAAUCAAAGAACUGGAUCUCUGACCAUCACAAACACCAGAAGUGAAGACACUGGAGUCUAUUAUCUGCUGAUAAUCAGCAGCAGAUUCAGCAUCAGAAAGAGCUACAUUGUUAAUGUCACUGGUGUUUACGGUGUUCAUACAGACAGUGUGUCUGUGAUCGAGGGGGAUUCAGUCAUCCUACACACUGAUGUUGAAACAAAUCAGCAAAAAGAGAUUAGAUGGUAUUUUUAUGAAAUCCGCAUCGCUCAAAUCACUGGAGAUCUCAGUUUCAUCUGUACAGACUGUAAAUACAGUGAUGAGAGAUUCAGAGACAGACUGAAACUGGACAAUCAGACCGGAUCUCUGACCAUCACAAACAUCACAAUCACAGACUAUGGAGUUUAUCAUCUAGAGAUCAUCAGAGACAGUGGCAUCAGGCAUGACAGCUUCAGUGUUGCUGUUCAUGGUGUUUCUGCCACUGAACGAGAUGAAAUGAAGAUGAAGUCUGUGAAGGAGGGAGAAUCUGUCACUUUAGAGUUUGAUGUAAUAAACAACCUGAAUUAUCCCAUGACGUGGUAUUUUAAUGACAUUUGCAUGACUAAAAUCACUAGAGAUCAGAGUAAGAUCUGUGAAGAUAGUGAUGAGGGAUUCAGAGACAGACUGAAGGUGGAUCAUCAGACUGGAUCUCUGACCAUCACAGACGUCAGAACCACAGACUCUGGAGAUUAUAAGAUACAGAUCAACAGCAGCAGCAGAAUCAGUAUCAUAAAGAGCUUCAUUGUUAAUGUCACCGGUGUGUCUAGUGCUGAUAAAGAUGGAGGGUCAGUGUCAGUGAAGGAGGGAGAUUCAGUCACUCUACAGACUAGUUUUAAAACAGACAAACCAGAAAAGAUGAUCUGGUAUUUUGAUGGCUUUCAAAUAGCUGAAAUGACUGGAGAUCUCAGUUAUCUCUGUACAGAUGUUCAGUGUAAUAAAGGUUCUGAGAGAUUCAGAGACAGACUGAAGCUGGAUCAUCAGAGUGGAUCUCUGACCAUCACAAACAUCACAAACACAGACUCUGGACUCUAUAAACUCAAGAUCUUUAGCAAAAGUGGCAGAAUCAGUAGAAAAAUCUACAGUGUCGCUGAUAAUGGAUUUUCUGGUGUUGGUUCAGAUGGAGUAUCAGCGUUUGUGAUGGAGGAAGAUUCAGUGACAUUGUACACUGAUGUUGAAACAAACCAGCAGAAAGGUGUUAGAUGGUUUAAUAAUGACAGUCUCAUUGCUGUAAUUGCCGGAGAUCUCAGUAAUUUCUGUACAGAUGUUCAGUGUGAUAAAGGUACUGAGAGAUUCAGAGACAGACUGAAGCUGGAUCAUCAGACUGGAUCUCUGACCAUCACAAACAUCAGAACCACAGACUAUGGACGUUAUGAACUAGAGAUUAUCAGCAGCAGCUUAAAUGCGGAUCAUCAGAGAAAAGUCAGUAAAAAGACCUUCAGUGUUGCUCCACCUGGUGUUUCUGCUGCUCAACGAGAUGAAGUGAAGAGAAAGUCAGUGAAGGAGGGAGAAUCUGUCACUUUAGACACUCGUGUAAUAAAAAACCCAAAUUUGAUAAAAUGGUAUUUCAAUCACACUCUCAUCGCUGAAAUCACUGGAGAUCAGAGUAAGAUCUGUACAGAUGAUCAGUGUGAAGAAAGAUUCAGAGACAGAAUGAAGCUGGACAAUCAGACUGGAUCUCUGACCAUCACAAACUCCAGAACCACAGACUCUGGACUCUAUAAACUACAUAUUAACAGCACCUACAUCCACAUCACUAGGAGCUUCAGUGUUACUGUCACUGCUGACCUAACAGGAGUAUAUACUGCUGUUUCUGUUGUUCUGCUGCUGGUGGUUGCAUCUGCUGCUAUAUUUUACACUUGCAAGUGGCAUUCGAGAAGGAACUACAUCACGAGGAAUAAUACUGAUCAGGUGAAUGUUGAAGACUUGUCCCUUGAUCAGACUGACUCUCUAUUGAUGACUCCAACCAGUCAGACGUCCCCGACUGAGACUAAUGCUGCCAAUGAGACACCAACGUAGGCCCGGCUGCAGAAUCAGAUCAUUGAGGGUGCUUCUUAAAUUAAUUAGGGCUCUCUCUCUCUCUCUCUCUCUCUCUCUCUCUCUCUCUCUCUCUCUCUCUCUCUCUCUCUCUAUAUAUAUAUAUAUAUAUAUAUAUAUAUAUAUAUAGAUAUAUCAGUGGCAGCUCGUGGGUUUUACAAUAGAGGCGGCACACUAAUUAUAUUGGUCUGGGCUCCCUGCCGAUUAUUAUUAUUAUUUGCUUAACCGCUUUAAAAAGGCUUUUUGUUUGCUUUUAGUCAGAAAAUGUAAAGAAAACGAGACACAUACAGCAGUAUAAUAUCAUUUCACUUACCUGUCCUAUCACCUGAAGCAAACAUCCAUCCCUUCUUAAAAGUCUGUGUUAAAAGAGAGCUGCCUGUUAAGCCGACUGCUGUAUUCUAUAUCCAGCUUAGAUCUCACAAAGUUAUGUUAUAAUCAAUGAAGUUCUCGAUGCUGCACAAUGAAUCUCUUAUUUACAUCGCGCCUACACUUUAUUGUAAUGAGAUGAUACGUGCUGAACACAACACUUGAACAAAAACUGUGAAUGUAUUCUAACUGAAACGGCUCUGAUUAGAUAUGUCUGUGAUUGGCUACAUUGCCCAACGCUGCAAAACAUGUUGAAAUAGAAACCGAUCUCCAGAGAUGCCAUUAUUACAGUAUUAACUGAGGGUGCUAUUGAUUUCGUUUGAGGGUGCUUAGCGACUUUAGGUUCCUACCUGCUAAUUUGAUCCAGACAGGAACAGUGAGCAAAUCUCUUGUUCUUUUCGGGAUUUUUGUAUUUUUUCCUCUCCACUAGAGAGGAAACACCCUGAUGAAAACACCAGUAUGCCGUUAUUCCCAAGAUUCAAGUUACUCUAAAUUGGUGUUUUCAGCAGGAAUCCUUUUAUUUAUGUUAAAGUCGAUGUAACGAUUUGUGUUUUUACUUGUUUGUUUGUGAAAUCUCAGCAUUGUAUCCAUGACUGAGAUUCUGAGUCUCAGGAACAGAGCCUGUAAUAACUGCACUGAAGCAACAGCAAACUGCCUAAUAAGUUUUUUUUGUCAUAUAUUUUUAUGUAUUAUGUUCCGUAACUGUUCCUUAUGCACAAGCCUUUUACUAUUUUUAAUCUGAAUGUAAUUUAAGCACAUUUCAUAAAAUAAUUAUUUACUUAUAUAACAAAAAUAUGCAUUUUCUAUUAUAAUCUUCAGAUGUUUGCUGCUUGUCCUGAAAAAUGUUGUAAAUUAUAAUGGUCUGUGUUUUAUGACCCAUUUGAAAUGCUAGAACUCUUUCACAUCAUCUGUGUGUUAUAGAUGUUUUCUCCAGUCUCUUUCAGUUCUUGAAGUAUGUUCAGCUGGUGCUGUACCUGGUUCUCUCAGGUUUCUUCUGCUGGAUUUACCCGUUCAAAGAGCUCAUUAUCUGUCUACAGAACAUCAGCAGAUCUCACUGAACUCUGAGCUUCCUGGAUACAAGAUUUAAAAUGGUCAUCAUGGUGUCUAUUUUUGUAAAUGUUUUUAGAAAAGUAAUUUCAGUGGCAGAGCUGAAGUACUGUAAAAAGCCAAACUCCUCACAAAAACUUGAACCACAACCUCAGAAGUGAUUGUGUGCCUUGUGAUCUGAGCUAAAUAUUUUUAGACAUUUUAAAAUUGUUUGUUUUCUGUAACUUCAAGUCUGCCAAGAAAUAAGUGCCUUAAAUUGAAGCGCGCAUAAACACUAUUUUCUUAAAAUCAGAAAGGAACUUUUCAGAUCUUUGUAUAUGUUCAUAUCAGAAGUGUUAUUAAAAACAACUGAUUUACUCAUAAAGCCUGGAAUCUAUGAGUUUGUUUUGAAUACUCAUCAGACUAUUUAAAUCUGAAAGUUUGUCAUAUUGACUUUUAACUUUAAAAUUGGAGCUUAAGGAGGGAUA